CGUCGGCGUUACGUCUUGGAAUGCACUCAGACUGAUUUGAUACAGAUGGACAAGCCAGCAGUUCCGAAGUUCAGCAGUUUCAAGCCCAAGCCAAAGAAAGACUCCAAGCUUCAAGGAGAUGAGGUACAGAUAGACAGAUCGGCGGGUGACGACCGCAAGGACCGGAAUCGCAAAUCUGAGCAUCGAGAGAGACGUGACAGGGAACAAGGAGACUACCGAGAGCAUCGAGAGCAUCGGAAUCACGAGUCACACAGAUCACAUCGCCACCGUGACCGCGACAGCCACGACAGAUCACGACACUCUCGACACCGCGGCCAGGAACGUGGCGUUGAACACCGAGUGAAGGAGAAAACUUCAGAUCAUGGCGAAGUGACUGAUCGACCUAUUCGGGAUGCAGCUUCACAUCCAGAUCUGGAAGAAUCCGAGCUCUUCCUCGUCGAUCGAAGAGGCGAUUCGAAGAGUGUAGAAUAUGGCAGCCUCCAUCGCUAUAGUGUGCCUCCAUACCGUCGCGUUGGCCAUGGCAGAGUCCUUGGACUUGACGCCAACUUCAAAAUCGAUCGUGAGGCAAGCACCGACAAGGAGAUCUCCUUGAUGAAUGUUCGGAAGAAGCGCGAAGGCGGUGAUGCGCGAAGACUGCUCACCUCUCGCCAUGGUCGACCAAAGGAGGGUCAUUAUCGAUUCAUCGUGCCAAGUGUGCCGGCAAAGGCCACGAAAGACGAUGACUUGGGAUGCGAUUACGUGGACUUGAGAUCUUCUCGCAAAAGGAAGCGUGAUUCGGAGUCUCCGCAGCCUGGAGUCGACUAUCGAUCGAUUGAAGGCAAGGCCAAACCUGGACCGGCCGACGAGGACCUGGCUCUUGAUACGGACUCUGACAUUGAUGGCUUCGACCAUGAUCGGGAUUUGGUCGCUCGGCAGCAGAAUGCAGUACUAUCAAAGCAGACAAAAGCCGCUCCUCGUGAUGUAAAAGCAUGGCAAGCUCUCAUCAAUCACCAAGCCAGACUUGUGAACCCGGGCAAAAUGCUCUCAAGUUUUGCCUCAUCUGAAAGGCGGACGCUCGCAGAUUUGCGAUUGUCGAUUGUGCGUGAGGCACAAGCCAAUAUAUCGAAAGAUAUGCCAGGCUACGAAGAACUCGUGCUCGCCAUGAUCGGGGAAGGCCGUUACAUCUGGGAUAGCAAUAAGAGGACACAGAAAUGGGAAGAAGCACUUCAAGAGUGUCCCACGAGUAUACUGCUUUGGACGCGCUAUUUGAACCAUGUUCAGGACGGUCCUUCAGGCUUUCAGUACGAGACGUGCAAAGAGGCAUAUAUGCGGUGUCUCGCUAUGCUUCGGAAAUCUGCACAGAAGGCAAUUGGAAAGCAGCUGCAGGAGAUAGCUGCAGUGCAGAUCUAUGUGCUUUUGCGCUAUACGACAUUUGUUCGAGGAGCUGGCUAUAUUGAGCUUUCGAUUGCGACGUGGCAAGCACUUCUGGAAUGGAUCACUCGUGCGCCGGACGUGCUGAAAGAGUCCAGCCUGGUGGAUCGUCUGCCUGCGUUCGAGGACUUCUGGGAUAGCGAGUGUCCUCGAUUUGGAGAAGCAGAUGCUUCAGGCUGGUCGAAUUACCAUACCAAUGGCACAAUCUCCACUCGAGCUCCAGAGAUUUCGCAUGGUACGAAGACAGCAAACUCGACUUUUGCCGACACACUCAGCAUUGAGAGAGAAUGGAGCAGAUCUGUCUGUCUGUCGACAACUGCAGAUGAUGAUGCUGCAGUGGAGGAUCCUUUCCGAUACGUGAUGUUCUCGGACAUUAGCGACGUGCUCGAGCGCUGCGAUAGACUGGAGAGUCAUCGUAUCCUGCUCAUCCAUGCUGUACUCUUCUUCCUUGGAAUGCCCUCGUUGCCUGCCGAGUCCGUCGAUGGAGAUGCUGCGACACACUUUUCGGCCUGGACACGAGACGCGCAUCUCGCUCGAGCCAGGCACUCGCAGCCGUCACGAUUCGACGGCAAUCAGGGUUCUGCGCGCAGCAGAUCGAUGCUUGAAACGGUCGAUAGCCUGUUCGACGGGACUGCAUUUGAGGUACACCCUUCGGCAGUCAACUUCAUUGACCGCCUCCUCGAACAGCUUCUGGCUACACAAUUUGACGAAGGCAUCGCGGAGUAUUCACUGGCGUACAAAUGCCGACAUUUGCCCGAUGCUGCGACAAAAACGGCGAAGCAACUGCUCAAGACCCAUUCUUCAAGUCUGCGUCUCUACAACGCGUUUGCACUUCUGCAGGUGUCGCGCAAAGACGAACAGGACUUGCAAAAGGCGCUUCAAGUAUGGUCGACUGCGAUCAACAUGCGCACAAGUCUGCCUGAGAACAAACAAGACGACGUCGUUCUGCUCUGGCAAAGCCGGCUGUUAUGCCUCGCCAGGAAGACGUCGGAUAGUCGCGCGCUUCUGUCGAGUCUCAUGACCAUUUGCGAAUCGAGUGGUGAUGCGGAACUGCAGCAGCUCAAGGUCCGGCGUGAGCUGGAAAGCGGUUUCGAUCGGAUGCUGCUCGCCGAAAGAUACUGCCAUGCCGCGGCUUACGCGAAUUUGCUUGCUUGGCUGGCAUAUCUGACGAACGAGUGCUCAAUUAACGCGAGUCUAGAAACAUACGGAAAGUAUGCGCGCCUGCUGUCGAAUGCGAGUUCUUCGCCAGGUCUUGAGCUUCUCCUUCAGCACAAAACCCAGCUACUUGAUAUGCACAUCAGUCAUCGACGCGCAUACAAGCCCGCCAUACUCCGCAAAGAAGUCGAGAACGAUCUCCAACUCUUUCCAAGCAACAGUGUCCUUCUCAGCCUGCGCUCUCGCCUGAGCAACCAGGAUCGUUUGCGAGAGGUCAUCAGCGCGAGCAGCACAAGCGACGCAGCGACAGCACGAAGACCCGAGCACUCGGACAUGGUUCGAUGGACCCACUCGCUAUCCAAUGCGCUCAGGCGCGUGACUGACGAGAAUGCUUCUGGAGUCACUAUGAACACGAUCCGCUCUGUUUUCUCCAAUGCAGUCUCGGAUCCUGACGGUCAAAUCAAACAUUCUCCCCUGCUGUGGGAAUUGUGGCUUGAGUGGGAGUACAGUCUCAUUCACGGAUCAGCCGCAAGUACCAAAGAGAAACCAAUGAAAAGAACGAAACAGGUCCUACUAGACGGCAUGAGACACAUUCCUUGGCAUUUGGGCUUCGUAGUCCGAGGGAUGGGGUUGUUCGCUGAUUUACCACCUACCAAACAGCAAAAGGAAGAGUUGAAGCAAUGGCUCGAUGUCCUCGUCGAGAGGGGAUUUCGCGUGAGAAGCUCGUUGGAGGCUGCAAUAAUGGGAUAG